UUCUGAAGAACGGACAGACUCCUCUCAUGCUGGCGGCAGAGCAAGGCAGUCUGGAGAUCGUCCAGGAGCUCAUCAGGAGAGGAGCCAACGUCAACUUGGAUGAUGUGGACUGCUGGUCGGCUCUGAUCUCUGCAGCUAAAGAAGGUCAUGUGGAGGUGGUGAAGGAGCUGCUGGAGAACAGCGCCUACAUCGAGCACAGAGACAUGGGAGGCUGGACAGCUCUGAUGUGGGCGGCUUACAAAGGUCGUGUAGACGUCACCGAGCUGCUGCUGGAGCACGGAGCCAACCCCAACACUACAGGACAGCAAUACAGUGUGUACCCCAUCAUCUGGGCUGCAGGUCGAGGACACGCCGACAUCGUCAAACUGCUGCUGCAGAACGGAGCCAAAGUCAACUGUUCUGACAAGUACGGGACCACUCCUCUCAUCUGGGCGUCCAGGAAAGGACACUUUGACUGUGUGAUGCACCUGCUGGAGAAUGGAGCCGACGUCGACCAGGAGGGGGCGAACUCGAUGACGGCGCUGAUCGUGGCGGUGAGAGGCGGCUACACUGAGGUGGUGAAGGAGCUGCUCAAGAGGAACCCCAACGUCAACAUGACCGACAAAGACGGGAACACGGCGCUGAUGAUUGCUGCCAAGGAGGGUUACACAGAGAUCGUCCAGGACUUGCUGGACGCCGGGACCUACGUCAACAUCCCAGACCGGAGCGGUGACACUGUGCUGAUCGGAGCAGUGAGGGGCGGUCAUGUGGAGAUCGUCAGAGCUCUGCUGCAUAAAUAUGCCGACAUAGACAUUAGAGGACAGGACAAUAAAACUGCUCUGUACUGGGCCGUGGAGAAAGGAAACGCUACCAUGGUCAGAGACAUCCUGCAGUGUAACCCCGACACUGAGACCUGCACCAAGGACGGAGAGACUCCUCUGAUCAAAGCCACUAAGAUGAGGAACAUUGAGAUCGUGGAGCUGCUGCUGGAUAAAGGAGCCAAAGUGUCGGCUGUCGACAAGAGAGGAGACACACCCCUCCACAUCGCUAUCCGUGGGCGGAGUCGCCGCCUGGCCGAGCUCCUCCUCAGGAACCCCAAAGAUGGCCGCCUGCUUUACCGACCCAACAAAGGCGGAGAGACGCCGUACAACAUCGACUGCAGCCACCAGAAGAGCAUCCUGACACAGAUCUUUGGAGCGCGUCACCUGUCCCCCACAGAGACGGACGGAGACAUGUUGGGUUAUGACCUGUACAGCUCUGCGCUGGCUGACAUCCUGAGCGAACCCACCAUGCAGCCUCCCAUCUGUGUUGGUCUGUACGCCCAGUGGGGCAGCGGCAAGUCCUUCCUGCUCAAGAAGCUGGAGGAUGAGAUGAAGACGUUUGCCGGGCAGCAGAUUGAGCCGUUGUUUCAGUUCUCCUGGCUCGUCGUUUUUCUGUCUCUGCUGCUCUGCGGCUCCAUCGCCGUCGUCCUCGGCUUCACCGUCGACCCCAAACUGGCCAUGGCGGUCUCCCUCAGCCUGCUCGCUCUGCUCUACCUCUUCUUCGUGGUGGUGUACUUUGGCGGGCGUCGGGAGGGCGAGAGCUGGAACUGGGCGUGGCUGAUCAGCACCCGUCUGGCCCGUCACAUCGGGUAUCUGGAGCUGCUGCUGAGGCUGAUGUUUGUGAACCCGCCGGAGCUGCCUGAGCAGAGUACCCGAGCUCUGCCUGUCAGGUUCCUGUUUACAGAUUACAACCGGCUGUCGAGCGUCGGUGGAGAGACGUCGAUGGCAGAGAUGAUCGCCACAUUGUCCGAUGCCUGCGAGAGAGAGUUCGGCUUCCUCGCCACACGCCUGUUCAGAGUGUUCAAGACCGAGGAGACGCAAGGUAAGAGGAAGUGGAAGAAGACGUGCUGCGUCCCGUCCUUCAUCCUCUUCGUCUUCGUGCUGGCGUGCCUGCUGAGCGGCAUGGCGCUGCUGGCCGUCUUUAAGGUGGACGGGGAGAACCGGACGGUGAACGGCGUGCUGGUGGCCAUCGGCAGCGUGGUAGGUCUGGCUCUGCUGCUGAACUGCAGGACAUGGUGGCAGGUGACCGACUCAGUGCUCAACUCUCAGAGGAAGAGGCUCCACAGCGCCGCCAACAGGAUGCACAAGCUGAAGAGCGAGGGCUUCAUGAAGGUGCUGAAGACUGAGGUGGAGCUGAUGGCGAGGAUGGCGAAGACCAUCGACGGCUUCACGCAGCAUCAGACGAGGCUGGCGGUCGUCAUCGACGGGCUGGACUCCUGUGAACAGGACAAAGUUCUGCAGAUGCUCGACACGGUGCGGGUGUUGUUCUCUAAAGGCCCCUUCAUCUCCAUCUUUGCCAGCGACCCUCACAUCAUCAUCAAGGCCAUCAACCAGAACCUGAACAGCGUCCUCAGAGACUCCAACAUCAAUGGACACGACUACAUGAGGAACAUCGUUCACCUGCCGGUCUUCCUCAACAGCAGAGGACUGUCCAGUGCCAGGAAGAUGUGCGCUGCUGCACCGGCCAACGGGGACACCACCAACACUGAGGGGUGGCACGAGGAGCUGGACAGGNUGUGUGUGUGUCAUGUGACCUCUGCUUUGAUCAUAUGACCUCUGCUGUGAUCAUGUGACCUGUGUGUUCAGGACACGUACCGGCGGCGGCAGGUGCAGCGCUCAGUGACUCGUCAGAUGUCGUUCGACCUGACGAAGCUGAUGGUGACGGAGGAUUGGUUCAAUGACAUCAGCCCACAGACAAUGAGGAGGCUGCUCAACAUUGUUUCCGUCACAGGUCGUCUGCUGCGAGCCAAUCAGAUCAGCUUUAACUGGGACCGCCUGGCGUCGUGGAUCAACCUGACGGAGCAGUGGCCCUACAGGACAUCCUGGAUCAUCCUGUACCUGGAGGAGACUGAUGGAGUCCCCGACCAGGCCACGCUCAAGACAAUUUACGAGAGAGUGUCGAAGAACAUCCCCACCACCAAAGACGUGGAGCCUCUGCUGGAGAUUGACGGAGAUGUUCGGAGCUUCGAGGUCUUCCUGUCCUCACGGACGCCAUUCCUGACAGCCAGAGACAUCCGGACCUUCCUGCCCUGCACCGUCAACCUCGACCCUAAACUGAGGGAGAUCAUUGCAGAUGUUCGUGCUGCCCGGGAGCAGAUGAAUAUGGGCGGGGUCACGUACCCAUCCAUCCCCCUGCAGGAGACACAGGCUCGCCCCACCUCGGUGUACAGUCAGGUGUCGUCAGCGUGCUCGCCGUCCGCCUCCUUCAGCGGGCCCUUCAACCAGCCGGCGGGGGGCGUGGUCUCCCCGCAGCCUCACAGCAGCUACUACAGCGGCUUGGCUGGACCACAGCACCCCUUCUACAACAGGCCAUAUUUCCCCCAUCACCUUUACCAACUGCCACGCCCACUCAUGGCCUCCACCUACCCAUCACACCUCCACCCACGCCCUCCACCCAAACACUCCUUCAGCCGGGACGCCUCAGCUGCACCUUAUAAGGUUUCAUCUUUGAAAAGGAAGCAGGGUUCAGCCUCCGUGGUGUCGGGCACUCCGGCCAUCCUCCUCAGCUCCAUGACAACGGAGGCCGUGUGCGAGCGCGUGCGGCAGAUCGAAGGCAUCGACCAGAGCAUGAUGGGACAGUACAGCGCCACCAUCAGGAAGGCCAACGUCAACGGCAGAGUUUUGUCUCAGUGUAACAUCGACGAGCUGAAGAAGGAGAUGAGCAUGAACUUUGGAGACUGGCAGCUCUUCAGAGCCACCGUUCUGGACAUGCGCCACAUAGAGAGUCAGGUGCUGCAUGAGGAAGCUGCCAGUGAGCAAGGCAGCGUUGUGGGCGGUCACACCGAGACGGGGAGGCGAGCUGUGGCUCCGCCCCACGCUGGCGCCGCCAACGCAGAUGGUUCUCCGAUGUACAGCUUCAACCUGAGCUUCGAGGAGCUGAGCACUGUGGGACUGGACGAGGCUCAGAGACACGGGAACAUGCAGUGGAUGGGUGGCGCUCACCGUACUGCCAGCAUGACCAGCCUGAACUCCCAGGAGUCGUCCAACGACAUCUCCAAGCUGACCGACAAGCAGCAGGCUGAGUACCGCAACGCCUACCAGGAGUACAUUGCCCAGAUGGCGCAGGUGGAGAUGGGCGGCGGAGAGCGCCCCGUCCAACCGCAGCCGGGUCAGUUCAUGACAUCAUCAUCAGAGGACAAGAGCAAAGAUGGCGGCGAGCAAGACGGAAGAAAAUCCUUUAACAAGAGGAGUGCAGGCAAACCGGCAGCAGACAACACUGACUUCGCCUCCAAUGGCGACGGCCUGGACCCCAUCACAGAGGAGGACGAGAAGGGCGACCAUGGGUCCUCUAAGUCCCUGCUGACCCGUAAGACCUCGGCAGAAAGAGGAGGGCUGUUCCAGGGAGCCGCCGACCUGAAGCUGAAGGCCGGCGGUGGGCUGCGCUACCAGAAGCUGACCAGUGACGACGAGGAGUCUGAGGAGUCCGAUAACGCUCCUCUGCUCAAAGACGGCAAGAAGGUGGUCGACCCCAAACUGCCCGGUGGCUCGCUGGCACUGAAGGGGAAGGACUACCUGUCGGAUGCCAUGCUGGACAAGAAAGACUCGUCAGACUCGGGCGUGCGAUCCAACGAGAGCUCGCCCAACCACUCUCUGCAGGACGAGGAGGCGGACCUGUCACAGCUGGAGCGGGCCAACCUGAUCGAGCUGGACGAGGAGAGCCUGGCCAGGAAGAGAGGCCUUCCCAGCAGCCUCAGCGGCCUCCAGGACCCCGCCGUCGCACGUAUGUCCAUCUGCUCCGAGGACCAGUGCAGCCUGCUCGCCAGCAGCCCCGAGGAGAGCUGGCCGUCCUCCAAGUCCUUCAACUUGAACCGCACGCCAAGCAACGUCACGCUCAACAACAACACCAACGCCCAGCAGGGCAACCGCCCCCGCCUGCCCGCAGAGGGCUCCUCCUCAGACCCUGCCUCCUCCUCCUCCAGUGAUGUCAUCCUCUCCCCGAGCUCCGGCACCUCUGGCACCACCACUGCCACCGCCACCAGACCGGGGCCUAACAACGAGAAUAUCCGAGUGGUUCACCUUAAGAGGGGCCUGAAGCCCGGAGACCCACCGGAGAUCUGCACUGUGUCCUCCGAAACCGUCACCUUCGGCGAGGAGCGGGAGAGCAUCCUGUGACAUCAUCCUGUGACCACAGCCUGUCACCUCAUCCUGUCACCUCAUCAUAACCCGUGAAGAGUUAGAGAGCACUGACGGUCCACCAGGAGCGGCCUCUCGACCCUCUCAGCCAAUCAGGAGCCUGGAGGUCGACCUUUAAACCUCUGAACUCCUGAUGAGGCGAGACGACGUUUAAUGAGUUGUAGAAACAUCUGACGAUGUUGACGAGUUGUGACAUCACUUUGAAAGCUUCAGACGUCAGAUAUUAAAGUUAAUCAACUGAAAUUUGAAUAUUUUGGAUUUUAAAAUGGGAUGACGUGUUAAACGUUGAUGAGGGCGGAGCUUCUGCUGGUGGAGUCGUGGUCGUAGUGUUAAGUGGUCAGGAGUUGAAGGAGGCGAAGCUUCUGCUGGUGGAGUCGUGGUUGUAGUUGUAGUGUUUACCGUAGCGGUGGUGUAGCCGCCAUCGGUCGUAGUCGUAGUAGAAGUUAAAGUUUGGUAGAAACUUUAUUGACAGUCGAAGCUGCUGCAUGUUGAUGUUGUGAUGUUUGUAGUUUCCAUAGAAACAGAUUAAUCAACAUUUGAAUUAAAAACAGCCCUCAGUUAAUUAAUGAUCAGAGAGAAAAAUUCGAUGUAAUGACUGAAACUUUCUGAGCGACAUGAAAACAUGAAUGUUAUUGAUGUUUAUUUAUUGUUUAAUAAUAAACUGACCUUUGUUUACGUGUAAACAUUAAAUUAACGAGUGAUAAAUGUCAGAAUGAGAUGAGUCAGUGUUCAUGUGUUUAAAGGAAGAGGCUUUUAUUCUGAAGGGUCGUCGACUCCGGAGCUGAAACGAUCAAUAGAUAAUCAAUACGUUCAUUAAUUAGCGGAUUCAUUAAUACGUUCAUUAUUAGCGGAUUCAUUAAUACGUUCAUUAAUUAGCGGAUUCAUUAAUACGUUCAUUAAUUAGCAGAUUCAUUAAUACGUUCAUUAAUUAGUGGAUUCAUUAAUACGUUCAUUGAUUAGCGGAUUCAUUAAUACGUUCAUUAAUUAGUGGGUUAAUUAAUACAUUCAUUGACUAGUGGAUUCAUUAAUACGUUCAUUAAUUAGUGGGUUAUUAAUACAUUCAUUGACUAGUGGAUUCAUUAAUAUGUUCAUUGAUUAGUGGAUUCAUUAAUACGUUCAUUAAUUAGCGGAUUCAUUAAUACGUUCAUUAAUUAGUUGAUUCAUUAAUACUUUCACUGAUUAGUGGAUUCAUUAAUACAUUCAUUAAUUAGUGGGUUGAUUAAUGCAUUAAUUGACUAGUGGAUUCAUUAAUACGUUCAUUAAUUAGUGGAUUCAUUAAUAAGUUCAUUCAUUAGCGGAUUCAUUAAUACGUUCAUUAAUUAGCGGAUUCAUUAAUACGUUCAUUAAUUAGUGGAUUCAUUAAUAUGUUCAUUGAUUAGUGGAUUAAUUAAUACAUUCAUUAAUUAGUGGGUUAAUUAAUACAUUCAUUGACUAGUGGAUUCAUUAAUACGUUCAUUAAUUAGUGGGUUAAUUAAUACAUUGACUAUUGGAUUCAUUAAUAUGUUCAGUGAUUAGUGGAUUCAUUAAUACGUUCAUUAAUUAGCGGAUUCAUUAAUACGUUCAUUAAUUAGUGGGUUAAUUAAUACAUUCAUUGACUAGUGGAUUCAUUAAUACGUUCAUUAAUUAGUGGAUUCAUUAAUAAGUUAAUUAAUUAGCGGAUUCAUUAAUACGUUCGUUAAUUAGCGUAUUCAUUAAUACGUUCAUUAAUUAGCGGAUUCAUUAAUACGUUAAUUAAUUAGUAGAUUAAUUAAUACAUUCAUUAAUUAGUGGAUUCUGAAAAUUUUUAGCUUUUCAUGGUUUUAUUUUGUAAAGCAGGAAGUAGACGUGACAUUGAAAAUAAACAGAUUAAAUUCAGGAUGACACAACUCGUUAGCGGAGAAUAAUUAAAGGUAAAAACUGGAACAGGUCAUGAAUUCAUAAUAAAAUAAAAGUGUUGUUUUAUUUUGUUAAAUGUUGACCCUGUGACCUCUAACCUCAGCUUUACAGGAAGCUGUGGUUUUCAGAAUAAAAGCUGAGAUCAGUGUUUUUAGAUAAGUACAGUGUCAGUUUGAUGUCGUUCGUCUGUCGGUGAAGCUGCAUGUUGAUGUUUUAGAGUUUCAGUGUUGUCGUCUCAGUGCUCUCAUCAUCAUCAUCAUCUUCUUCAUCAUCAUGUGAACACCUGAAUCUGUUGUGAAGUAAAUAAAUAAAAUGUUUGGAUGUU